AUUUAUUUACUCUGACUUAAGCUUGAAUGCUUCAGUGAUUUUAAAUUAAAUUGAAAUUAAAUUCAGACAGUUAAUUGAAUAUGGUAAAAAAAAUGUAUUAAUUUCCAUUAAUCAGAAUUGAGUGAAUUUCACAUAAAUUUGUUUUUCUGUUUUCUUUUCUGACAGGAAACAACACUGCGAAAAUAAUCAUGAAAAUCAUUAGGAGGAGGACUGAAUGCAAAAUGCUGCAGCGAGUACUUAAUUUCUCUAAAUUGUUCAUGAAAAAUAUUAAAGAUCAUAGACCAUUUAGUGAAUUAUCUAUUAAUGGUAAUUUAUGCCCUCCAGUUCCAUUGCAUAGAAAUCUGAGUAGUCUUGCUGUGCAUCCUAAGCUAUCUAGUACUACAGAAACUUUUGAUAAUAAAGAACAUUUAAUUACUCAAGAUGUGAUUGCAAAUGUAAAUGAACAAAUAAAAAACGGAACGGAAGGUAGAUUAUUUGCUGUAGUAUAUAUUUGUGGAAAGCAAUUUAAAGUAACACCUGAAGAUAUUAUUAUAAUAGAAGGGUAUUGGCCUCCUCAGAAUGGAGAUGAAAUCAAAUGUGAGAAAGUGAUGCUGAUCGGAGGUCUUGAUUUUACUCUUGUUGGUCGACCUAUUUUACCUCAAGGUUUAGCAACAGUUACAGCUACUGUAAUUGAAAAAGAUCUUUCUCAUACAAAGACAAUAUUUUUCAAAAGGAGAAGAAAACAAUAUCAAAGAAUAAACUUUUUUAGGUCCCAGUUGACAAUGCUGCGAAUCAAUGAAGUAAGUGUUUCUGGAAAAGUUAAUGAACAUAGUAACGUUACACAAUAUGAGAGAAUAUGAAAAUAUUCAACUUUACUGUAUAUAGUAAAAUUAAAUUUAAUAAAUAACAUUUCUAUAAUAUUUUAA